UACGUGCUGGCCGCCAGCCUGUACAACGCCCGCCACCUCUCCAGCCUCCUCCGGGCCGUCCACUUCCAGGACCACGCCACCUGCUUCGCCACGGCCAACGGCCUCAGGGUGACGGUGGAGGACGCCAAAUGCAUCCAGGCCAACGCCUUCAUCCAGGCAGAAAUUUUUCAGGAAUUUGCUGUUCAGGAGGAAUCGGUGACGUUCCGGAUCAAUUUGUCUGUUCUUCUUGACUGCUUGACCAUUUUUGGUACCAGUUCUUUGCCAGGAACAUCAACGGCCCUUAGGAUGUGUUACCGUGGUUAUGGUUAUCCCUUGAUGCUGUUCUUGGAAGAAGGAGGAGUAGUGACAGUGUGCAAAAUUAACACUCAAGAACCUGAUGAGUUGUUAGACUUUGAUUUCUGCAGUACAAAGGUUGUUAAUAAAAUUAUCCUGCAGUCGGAGGGGCUACGAGAAGCAUUUGCCGAACUGGAUAUGACCAGUGAAGUUCUGCAGAUUACCAUGUCUCCAGAUAAACCCUACUUCAGGUUAUCCACUUUUGGAAAUGCAGGAAGUGCGCAUCUGGACUACCCUAAGGACUCUGAUUUGAUGGAAGCAUUCCACUGUAACCAGACCCAGACAAACAGGUACAAGAUUUCUUUGCUUAAACCAUCUACAAAGGCACUGGCUUUAUCUUGUAAAGUGUCCAUUCGAACAGAUGCUCAAGGAUUUCUUUCACUGCAGUAUAUGAUUAGGAAUGAAGAUGGACAGAUCUGUUUUGUGGAAUACUACUGUUGCCCUGAUGAGGAUAUUACUGAAGCAGAACUCCUUUUUCAGCAACAGGAGGGACUCCGAAGUUGAAGUAGAGGCUGCCUGUGUCCCAUGGAGUGGUGUGUUCAUAUCACUGCUAAAAAUGGGCCUAACCUCUUACUGAAAAGGGAGUGCGGUUUCUGGAGAAUUUUCUGCAGUGGCCAGCUUUGCAAAACAGUGAGGUGGGCUGUACUUAGGUCAAAAGUUGCACUUCUCCUUUCACACCUCUCCGUUGCAAACAACCUGCUCAAAACAGGAGGUCCUCUGAACCAGCUGGGCGUUGAACCAGGUGCAGAGACUGCAAAUCACACUGCAAGAGACUGAAGUCUUCCUGCCGUGCCGCCAUGGGGCGUGAUCCAAGAGUCGGCGAUCUGCGGGUAGUUUCUGCAGCUUUAGGCUGUAGUCGAGUUGCGUUGUUUGUCAGAAGAUGAGGUCCUGCUUUGCACAUGUGGAAAACAGUAUGUUCAUAUGUUACCAAGUUGAUUGCUCCACAAUUCAACAGAAUCCAAGUCCUUUGGCUUUAUUUUAAGUUUAAAAUGCUUUUGUUGACCAUUUUUCACCUCUUGCUUAUGUCAGUAAGAGUAUACUCUCAGAGUACACAGUGUCAGCAGUUCAUUUUUGUUGUCUUCUGUGCAGAUCAUCCAUUUAUUGCAGUAAAUUUUACAUUUGAAAAACAAUUACAAAUCCUUGAACUACAGGACUGAUAAAGAUACCCAAUAAUAUUCUAAGUUACUCUUACUUACCGUCUUUUUUUUUUUUUUCCAAACUUGGAAAUUCACCUAUACUGAAUACUUUUUUGACUUACUGUCUCGAUUUCUUCAGUGAAUAAAAAACUAUUACGGUCUCAUUGG